AUGGCUGAUGCCGAUUUAGACGACUCAUCUUUGGAUGAGGUUAGUUAAAAUAUUAUCAUUUCUAAAUCCAAUUUCAAAUUAUUUCAGCACCGAUGGCACGAAGAAAAAGAAGAUAUGCUUAUGAUGGUGAUGGUUGUAUUGCUCAUGUUAUUAUCAGUUGUUAUUUGGGUUGCGUUUUGUAUAGCGGUCAGAAAAACGGCUAGAAAAUUUAUUGAAUUGAAACGGCAACGACGACGACAGGUUGAUUUUUGGGAAUUUGAGAAAAAAGGGAAAGAGAUAACACGCUCUGGUAGUCAAAUUGUUCCGGUGGGAUUUGAAUUUUUGUGGUGGAGGAUUAGUGGAAUUUUGUUUAUUGGAUAUAGAUAGAAAUGAAAAUGAAAAAUAAAACAUGAAACAUGCAACUUUUGAAAAUAUGUAAAUUUAGUUCAGAAACGAGGGAUUCAUUUGUGAUUCGAUUCCUCUUCAGGUUCUGCUACGUAAAUUCUCAAAAUCAUCACCUUACCAUCCAAACUUAUUCUCCUCUAUUCCCAGCAAUUAUUUUUUCACAGUACCCAAACACCUGCUCAACACAAUUAAUUGUAUUAAUAUUUUUCCAGGCACUGAUCACUGCGGCAAUCAACCGUGCAGCUUCGUCAAAUGAAGCGGACCGUCAUAAUGUUCUUCCAAUGUAUAUUGCAACAUUGGCUCACGAAUUAAAUGUAAGGGAUCACAUUUCUUUAGGCUUCCUAUAAUUUAAUUUAAUUAUUUUUUUCAGGUCUUCAACGCCCGUGAAGAAGAGUUACCAUCAUAUGAAGAAGCGUUAUCGCUGAGUUGCACACCGAGUCCUAAUCCUGUCGCCAAUCAAACACCUAGGGAACGGUAAGAUUUCCCUUUUUAGAAUUGUUUCCCACACUUCACUUGAUUUGCUUGCACCAAAACCUCCCAAAAACACCACAAUAUCACACCUUCCAUCUGACUAAUAAUUAGCUUUCAAUUUUGCAGCGUGCCCCCAUACAAACCUCGAUCUCAGAAGAAUGACAGAGUUCUUAGGUAAGCAAUAACAAUAAUUUUGUGGCCGAAGACUUGUAGAUGUUUCAAACGCAUUUUGUUGAAUAAUCAAUGUGUUUUUAGAAUUGCACCGGAUCGACCUGGAUCGUUGCCAACAAUAGUUUUACCACCAAGUUAUGAAAGUUCAGUCCGACAUGUUGCGAUGGCUUCACCAUCUGCAUCUACGCCAAGCACAUCAACAUCUACACCUUCAACAAGUUCAUCGCCGCCAAUCUAUACUAUUACUGGAAAUAUGCGUGAUAAUGUGGUUCAUAUUUCAGAAUGUUAA